CACAGACUGUAAAGACUGCUGGCUCUUUACACGAUGCUUGGAUUACAGAAAAAAAACACUACAUGAACGCUGAUCAUGUUAUGUGGUAUGCUUCAUUCUGUUUUGAGAACAGCAUUAUCGAUUGAAUAAUAUAACAUUUUCAUAAUUGGAGGACAGCAUGGGCUAUGUUUAUUUUGAAAUUUCAAGACGAAAGUCGGAGAGGACAAUGAAAUGGCAAGUAUGGUUCGGCGUUUUUUUCAUAUGUGGCUUUAAAACCGUUUGUAGUCACGUUUCGUAUUCAAUACCCGAGGAGAUGACGAAGGGAUCUUUUGUAGGGGAUAUUAUGAAGGAUCUGGGGUUAGAUGUUAAAAGACUGAUAUCUGGAAGAGCUCGGAUUUUCACCGGAGACAAUAACGAGUACAUUGAACUAAAGGUGGAUAAAGGCGUAUUGGUUGUUAAGGAAAGGAUAGACAGAGAGCUGCUGUGCGGGAGGAGAUCGCCAUGUAAUUUACAUUUCCAGAUUAUUUUAGAAAAUCCAAUGGAGUUAUACAGCAUUGUUGUAAAAAUAUUAGAUAUUAAUGAUAAUGCUCCUGCAUUCCCCACUGAUGAGAUUAGAUUAGAAAUAAACGAGCUGGCUGUCCCAGGAGCAAGGUUUUUGCUAGAGAGCGCGGUGGAUCCUGAUGUGGGUGUUAAUACACUGCAAAACUAUAUUCUUAAACCCACCGAUAAUUUCGUUUUACAAUUACAUUCACAGCCGGAUGUCAGCAAAAGCGUUGAAAUGAUGCUACAGAAACCGUUAGAUCGAGAAAAACAAGAGGAGAUGUCUUUAAUAUUAACCGCUGUAGAUGGCGGCGACCCGCAGAUGUCUGGCACUGUGAAAAUACACAUUACUGUAACAGACGCCAAUGACAACGCUCCUGUAUUUAGUCAGGCUCUUUAUAAAGCCGUGGUUGUAGAAAAUGCACCAGAAGGAACAUUAGUCACAACAGUGAGUGCCUAUGAUGCAGACAAAGGAUCUAACGGGCUUCUUACGUACGCUAUAUCACAUCUUACUGAUGAGAUUGGCAACAUGUUUCAGUUAGACCCGCAUACUGGAGAAUUAAAGGUUAAAGGAAGAAUAGAUUAUGAAAAAACUCAGCAUCAUCAAAUAAAUAUUCAAGCUAAAGACGAAGGCAAUCUUGUGGAUUCCAGUAAAAUAGUUAUCGAAGUAACAGAUGUUAAUGAUAACACUCCAGUUAUAAAUCUCGUGUCACUCUCAAGCUCUAUACCCGAAAAUGUGCCAACUGACACCGUUAUUGCUAUGAUUAAUGUUCAGGAUCAAGACUCGGGCAACAACGGGAUUGUUCAUUGCACUGUCAACGAAAAUGUCCCGUUUAAAAUCGUAUCAUCUUCAAAUCAUUUCUAUAAACUAGUCACUGAUAACGUUCUGGACCGAGAAACUGUCCCUCAGUAUAAUAUAACAAUUACUGCUACUGAUAGCGGAGUAGCUUCCCUAUCAAGCAACAUUACAAUACAUUUGCAAAUAUCAGAUGUAAACGAUAAUGCUCCCUUUUUUGAAAUGAAUUCAUUUUUUGCAAACAUAAUGGAAAACAACAUUCCUGGCAUCUCAAUAUUAACAUUGAAAGCCAAGGACGAUGACUGGAACCAGAAUGCUCGUAUUUCUUAUAUUCUUGAUGAAACAAAUAUUAAGGGAGAACCUGUUUCGUCAUAUAUAUCCGUAAACUCUAAUACUGGGAUUGUCCAUGCAGUGCGAUCUUUUGACUUUGAGCAGAUUAAGGAUUUCCAAAUUUGCGUUAAAGCUCAAGAUGCGGGUUCGCCUCCACUUAGUAGUAAUGUGACUGUAAAAAUUUCCAUACAAGACCAGAACGACAACUCUCCACAGGUCCUCUAUCCAGUGCACACUGAUGGCUCUCUGGUGGCUGAAAUGGUGCCUCGUUCAGCAGAUGUUGGCUAUCUUGUCACUAAAGUUGUAGCUGUUGAUGCUGACUCUGGGCAGAACGCCUGGCUC